GUCCCCCGCCAUUUCAGACCGGGACGGAAAGGGACGCGGAGCGGGCGCCGCGCGCGGCGGGCAGGGAGACGCCGGCGUGCUCCCGCGGCCCGCGCAGCGCCGGGCAGGUCUGCUAAAAAAUGACAGAGUAUAAGCUUGUUGUCGUUGGAGCUGGUGGUGUGGGCAAGAGCGCCUUGACAAUACAGCUCAUUCAGAACCACUUUGUGGAUGAGUAUGACCCUACCAUAGAGGAUUCCUACAGAAAGCAAGUAGUAAUUGAUGGGGAAACCUGUCUCUUGGAUAUUCUUGAUACAGCAGGUCAAGAAGAAUAUAGUGCAAUGAGGGACCAAUAUAUGAGAACAGGAGAAGGCUUUCUGUGUGUAUUUGCUAUAAACAAUACAAAAUCUUUUGAAGAUAUUCACCAUUAUAGGGAACAAAUAAAAAGAGUUAAAGACUCUGAAGAUGUCCCAAUGGUGCUAGUAGGAAACAAAUGUGAUUUGCCUUCCAGGACAGUAGAUACAAAACAAGCUCAGGAUUUAGCAAGAAGUUAUGGAAUUCCUUUUAUUGAAACAUCAGCAAAGACAAGACAGAGAGUGGAGGAUGCUUUUUAUACAUUGGUGCGAGAGAUUCGACAGUACAGAGUGAAAAAAAUCAGCAAAGAAGAAAAGACUCCAGGGUGCAUGAAAAUUAAAAAAUGCCUUGUAAUGGGUGUUGAUGAUGCCUUCUAUACAUUAGUUCGAGAAAUCAGAAAACACAAAGAGAAGAUGAGCAAAGAUGGUAAAAAGAAGAAAAAGAAGACAAAGACAAAGUGUAUAAUUAUGUAAAUACAAUGUAUCCUUAUUCUUAAGACGUACUGAAGUAAUUUUUGUACAUUACACUAAAUUAUUAGCAUUUGUUUUUAGCAUUACUUUACUUUCUGCUUCAUGAUCCUGUUAGCUUUACCUGAAUGCUUGUUUUAAAUGACAGUGGAAACUUCAUUCCUCUUAAAGUGCCAGUAUUCUUUGAGUGUUGGUUCUUGAACUAGCAAUGCCUGUGAAGAAAAAUAAAAACAAAGGAAAAAAAACACACAAAAACCUGAGAACUGUCUUAGGACUCUUUGGUGCAUGCACAGUUGCUAACUUACUACUUUUCCUACUGAUUGUGAACUUCUGUUCUGUGUGUAAACAAAACAAUGAAAUGAUGCUCUACGUGUUCUAACAUCCCCCUUAAUUUUUACUGUUUUUUAUUUUUUAAAUCUGGUUGGGAAAACAGACUAGUUAGCGAAAAAGACUUUAUUUUCAGAUUUCCUUUUAAUUUAGACUGACUGCAAUAUAGAGAGACCAGAAGCCUUUAUAGUCUUCCUGUAGAUUUUGCUUCUAGGCAUCUAGUCUUGUAGCAUUUCAGAUCAACUUUAUUGAAUGUAAAGAGAAAACUUUCACAAAAAAAAUUUUUCACUGCAAUUUGUCUCAGUCACUCCUUAAAUACUAUAUUUUUUCUAUUAAAAAAAAAAAAGAAAAAUUAAAAAAAAAAAGACACUAAUGCACAUCUGGCAAUGGAAAAAGUAAAAGUUCCAAUUAGAUUGAUUUCCUGUUGUUAAUGCAUUGCUUUAAAACUUUCACUUAACUUUUUCUGUCUGAAGACACCAAGGUGAAAUCUUAGCUCUCCUGAGCCCCCAGUGGUAAAUCUUCAGGAAGCUUUGUCCAGUAGGAUGAGAUUUCACUCUUAAGUGUCUCCAGGAAAUACUAGAAAGCCUUAAUAGAUAAGUUGAUUCAAUUUCUUAGGUUACUUCAUACAUGGAUCCAGAAUUUAUCAAGAAUUAAAUUGGAAUGAAUCCUGAAUUAUGUAGUAAAUUAAAACCAUUUGAUUUUUUUUUUUCCCCAAGGGUGGCAUGAAAUGUUUCCACAUGCCCAUUUUAUGUAAAAAUAGGAGCAGAAUUUUAAAUUCUAGUAACCUCAAAUCAGUGAAUGAAUGAGCUUGAACGUAGCUGCUUCAUGCAAAUAAUUUGGAAAUCCACUAUGCCAUAAAAAUGGUGUGGAAUUUGCACUAAUCUUCAGCAUAGAACAUGGUUUCCAGAUUCAGUGUUGUUUACGUGAUAUCUGUGAAGUGCUAGUUUUGUUGCACAGAUUAAAUGGUUGGUGAGUGGCAUUCCAAUGUCUAGACUGUCAUGAAACUAGACCAAGAUUUUAAUGUUGUCUUUCUCCGUGAUUAAGUCUCUUGUGAUUCUUUUUUUUUUUUUUUUUCCUUUCUGAUCAGAAUUAAUGCAGAAUUUUUUCAGAAGCUUUCAUUCUUGGUACUGUGCCUAGCUGUUCUGCACCGAAGUAAGAGCUUGUGUUUCCAGUGCUGCCUGUUCCUGUUUUCUUCCUGCAAGAGUUACAGUGCUAGACUGUAUUAGUUGCCUCAGUUCCAUAAGGCACACUGGUACCCAGUCAGCUGCAGAACAGAAUUGGAAGUGACUUUGUGUACCAAAAGUAAAACAGAAGUCACCAAAGGAGGAUAGUACGGGACAGUGGACUGGUAAGUUCUGGAAGUUUGGAAAAGGGAGUAGCAGCAUUGCCCAAACUUAAGCUAUAACUAAACCAUUACAUGGAAAAUUUACACAGUGUCAUUGGAAUAUACCAGUGUAACUUAGACCAUUUAUAUGAUGUCAAAGGUGCGACUGCAGACACGCAUCAUUUUGCUUCUUACAGCAAAAAUCAGCAGCGACUGUUAGGUGGAGAGCUGCAAAGCUGGCAGGGGAAGUGUGCUGUCCAGAUUGCUGCAUGUUCUUUCAUGCACCUGAGAAGGUAACAAAUGAGCGCCUUUCCCUGCCUGCACUGACUGCUCUCCCAGCCCCCCACCAGCUCCCAUCUUUUCAGCAUCAGUGUGGGAUAUAUUUUAGGUUAUGAAAAAGAAAAUUGUAAAAUUGCAAUAGGAGAACGUAACUUUAUACAUAUUAAGGGCCAACAAAGGAAUACUGAUAAAUUUUUAAUGUCCUAAAACAUUUUACAGCUUCCAAGGUUAACAGCAUUUUGGAGGCGGUUAUUUGCACAUUGUAGAUUAUAUAUGAUUAUAUAUGAAGAAGAUAGCAAAGCUAGAUAGUAUAGCCUGAGCUAACAACAGCAAUCUUAAGGUGACUUCAAGGAUUUUUGGUAACUGAGUCACACUGCAUGUAAAAUUAGGGAUGGUCUAAAACUCUCACAUUAAUUUAACUAAAAUGUUAGGGGAAAUAAAUUUUGCAGAAAUAUCUUAAUAAUCAAGCGUGGAUUGAUAGAGCUUUACUAUCAAGAUAUAUAUAAAGUAAGUUUUUCGGUGUGAUCUGUAGCUACCAAUCUAAUUAAAUUAUUACAAAAUUGCCCUGUAAUAGCCCUUGUUGACUUAAAGGAAAAAAAAAAAAAA